AUGAGUGCUAGAGAUCAAAGAUUAUUGAGAAAAAAAUGGAGGGAAAAUGCAAGGAAACGAAGAGAAGUUAAGAAAAUACAGCGCCAAACACAGAAAAUGUUGAACGAGGAAACAGCAGCAUUGUCUCCAAUACCUCUCAAUAGCCCAUCAGCUUCUCUGAUUACCCUUCAACCAUCAACAUCGAGAGUAUCUUCUUGGAAAGCUGUCGUAGCUAGAAACAGGAGAAUUUUGAAAUCUGAAAAUAUGUAUCUAAGGCAAAGAUUACAAGCACUUGAAAAUAAAUAG